GUCAUGUGGUUAAUUCUGGGUGGUUGAGGCAGAAUUAUAUAAGUUGGUUGGUUGUUUAACAAGACAGAAGUAGCUGUCUUUAUAGCGUUUGUCCUGAUAAUGGUUAAUAUUUUGACGAUGACGCUGAAAGGCAAACCAUAAACUACCAUAGUCGUGCAAAGCCGCCUCGCAUUAUCCCUUCUUAAACUUUGAAUCCCACGAAUAAAAUCAGACUUCUCUCUGCUACCCUUACAGAUUUUAUUCUCUUCUAAUUUUAAUUCCAAAAUUCUUGGAUUUUUAGGGUUUCAGUUUUUUUCUUCAGAGAGAUCGUGCAAUGGCCGGCGCAAUUGACAAUUCUGAAAACUAUACAUUACAUUGAUAGAAUAGACUCUUAAAGAAGGAUUUUUUUUUUAAUUUUUUUUAAAGUACCUUAGAACCCGUCCUUAUUUGACGCGUGGAUAUCAAGAGCGAGGAUCGGCGGAAUCUAAGGGGCCAAAGGAUGUGUGUUUAUGGCUUUGUUCAGGCUUAGCUUCUAAUUGUUAAUAUGGAGACUCUGGAAGCUUUUCCUGACGGAGAAUGGGACUUCAGCAGAAUGUUCUCCACCCAAGAUCAGCUUGAUAUCGCACGGGAAUUGCUUGGUCAGUGUUCAUUUCCUCUCGAGAACGACGGAGGAUUGCAGUUUACUACCCUGUCAGCUUUUUCCCCAAAUCAUGAAGCCAUUGUGAACAUGUCUGAGGUUAAUGAGAGUCUGUUUUAUUCUUGGAAUACUCUCAACAAUGACUUGAAUCUUCUAUCUCAGGAAAAUAGUAGCAGCAGUAACUGUAGCAGUAGUGUUUUGAUUCCUUCUUCCUGCCAUGAAACCUACUUUAGUGAUACUAACCGUAUUCUGGCAACAAAUGAUGAUUCCAUGUCCAUGGAUUUUUGUAUCAUGGAUGAGAAAAAUUCAGGCUCUUUUGUCCCAAUGUUUCCUGAAAUUGGAAUGACAGAAACCAUCUGUAUGAAUGAAAAUAUGAGCAGUGCUAAGAUGGGGAAUUUAGAUGACAGUCAUCCAGUGGCUAAUCCUGUUCCUGCCAGGGGAUUGCAGCUGAAAAGAAUGCUUGAUUUCCCUGAAUCAGAAGUCAAUCCACCAGAGAAUAAAAAAUCUCGUGCUACAAGAGAUAUGCAAAAGAGCAAGAAGAAUGUAAAGUCCAAGAAAAACCAGAAGUUCAUUCCAAGUAGCAAUGAGGAAAAAGAGAGAAAUGCUGGACUUGAUGGACAGAGUUCUAGCAGUUGCAGUUCAGAGGAGGAUAAUGUUUCUCAUGAUUCUAAAGCGUCUGAAGUUCUCAAUUCCAAUGGCAAGGCAAGAGCUAGUAGGGGAUCUGCCACAGAUCCCCAGAGCCUUUAUGCAAGGAAAAGAAGGGAGAGGAUAAAUGAGCGAUUGAGAAUCUUGCAGAAUCUUGUUCCUAAUGGAACAAAAGUUGAUAUCAGUACAAUGCUAGAGGAGGCAGUUCAUUACGUAAAGUUUUUGCAGCUCCAGAUCAAGCUUUUAAGCUCUGAUGAUCUGUGGAUGUACGCUCCUAUUGCUUACAAUGGAAUGGACAUUGGCCUCAAUCAGAAGAUCUCUAUGCUUCUAUGAUGUUGGAGGAAGCUGUCAGAAGUUUAAAUUAAUGUUAAUUUUUAAUAAAAAUGAGAUUAUUAAUAUAUAAUUAUAUCAACUAAAAUAAUUUCUUUGUUCAGAAUAUAACAUAGAAAUACUGUUAUUUACAAUCAUGCUUGAUCUGCUUAUUGUCCUUUUAUAUAUGCAUAUGUCUAUAUUAAGAAGAA